AUUACAGUAAAUGAAAACUGGGUGAUGUUAAAACGAAAUGUUUUCGUAUAUAAAGUGGCAACACUUCUGUUAUCAUUCAUGUAGAAGAAGCAUAUUUUUGUUUACCUCCAUGGAUCGAACAAAACAAAAGCUGCUAUAAUUGUAUAUCGGAAACGAGGUGUUUUGUAAACUGAUUAUAUUAUGAAUAAUAUUACUAGUGACACCAAAGGUAUGGUAAAAACCGGUGAAGAAGUAAAUAAUAUAUUUGAGGAAUUCGAGGAGCUUCUUAAAAAUAAUGAGGGUUUAGAAACAUCAACACGAGAUACAGCAAUACCAGCGCUAAAAGCACUCAAUGAACAUGUUGAAUCAACGACAAAACCAAAUAAUGGAAACGAAGAAGGUCCCUACGUCAAUGGCAAACAAAUUAUAAAUGAGGAACAAGCUUCGAAUUUUUUGCCAGCUUACUCUAACUAUGAUUUUCUUGUAUCCACGGACUCUCAAUCCUUGCCAGAAGAGGAACUUUCACUGUUCUCAGUUAAUCAAAAUGAACUACAACCUGUUAAUGCACCAUUCAUGGUUCCUGGUAUAUAUAAAAAAAUCGCCAAUGCAUCGGGAGCUAUCAGUAAACUUCCACCACAAAAUUAUGCUAUCGAUGUGACGAAUGUUAUAUUGACGACAAAAUGUCCCAAGGGGAAGAUUAUAUCACGGGUUGAUUUUGAAGGCGUCUCGUCUACCGAGGAGUCCACUGGCUACAAAUUAAACCAUGUUGAAGCAACCAGCUUGACUGAGGAAAAAUUCUCUAAUAAUAGUACACCUUCUAAUAACCUUUUAACUUUUGCAUAUAAUAUACACAAAUCAGCAAAACCCGAUUGUAUCAUGAUUGAUAGGGAUAAAAAUGAAAUAAGGCGCAUCCGAGCAGGGAGUAAUCAUCAAAUUUUGUACCGACUUCUAGGUCCCGAAGAUUUAAAUCUACAAAUUAAUCAAACUUUAACUCACCCAACAUCCGCCAGGAGCAAAAUCUUUUCUGCAAAAGCUAAAAUAGGUCGACCAAAAAAGCAUUCUUUAGUAAAUGAGGAUAAUCAGCAAUCAGAAGGUGUGUUGAAAAGGCUGAAAAUCGAUCCCAUUGUCAAACAACGGGAGACAAGUAAACCUGAGACUAAUUUUCAGCAGCCAUUUACGCGUACACGGUCCGGACGCGUGGUUAAAUCUUUAACGACUCCACGCUUUGUUAACCAAGCCUCAUAUUUGGAAACUGAUAAUGUAAAAAAUAUAAUUAGUGAAUCAAAAGAUAAGGAUUUUCAAUGCAAAGUAAAACCCCUUCCAACAUCCCCCGAAGAACACAAUUUGAAUGUAAAAACAUCUGAAACAAGUGUUUUAACAAACAAUCGCCGAGUACCACCGGAAGCGAUUUGCCCCAAAUGUGGAAAAAUAUUUUUGGGGCGUCGCUUAAAUCGUCACUUCAUGCAACAUCCUGACCAUAUGUUAGCAAAAAUUGCUGAGAACCCAUUGGAGCAACAACAAAAUGUCGAAAUUGUCACAGACAAUACCAACGAAGACAUGACUAUUUUCCGAUAUCUUAUUUCGAAAUUGCAGAAACCUUUACUCAAUGAAGAUCAACGUGCUGAUCUCUUUCUAAAUGAACUAAAUGAUUUGGUGGAGCAAUUACAGUUGCGGAGCACCCGACUUAUACGUAAUACUUCGGGUUUGCAUUUCGUUAGUGCGCGAACAGCCCGGUUGUUAGGCAUACCGGAGGGUCAGUAUGCGCUUGAUAUGUCUGCUAUAGACAGUGAGGUCCCCUUUAUAGAAGCAGAGCAUAACGGUUCGAACGGAGAUGAGAGAAAACGACAUCAGGUCAUACAACCGGUGGUUACUGUAAGCACCCCCAGCUUAGAUUACACAGCAAUCAGUUUGGAUGAUACCCUAACAGAUGAAGCAGCGCAAAAAUUAAAUUUAUCAGCUGGUGGUAAGUUGUUACCACCCUCUGAGGAAAGCCUUCUGCGUGCUGUAGGUGACUUGGUGCAUGAUGGUAUAACGAAAUUGGUAGAUGCCAAUCUACUGCAUCCACCGCGAUCAGUUGUACAAUCAACCGUAACCUCAACGCUGGUGCAGCAAUAUGAUCAUGUGAGCGACAAUGCUGUGGAAGCAUUAACUAUUAAAGACGAUAACGCGCCGCAGGAGGGCACGUCACUACUAGACCUGAAAGUUGACUUCUUUCAGUUCAAAAAUAAUUAAGUGCGCUAGGAAUUUUUGAUUUGGCGAAAAAAAGCAAAAAUACUUUAUUCACAUACUCGUUCGAUAAAACUCGAAAAAAAAAUCCUUAGUUAAGGUUUAAGAAAAAAUGUCAUUUAUAAUAGUUUUUCAAAUAAAUGAAUGACAAAGUUCAGUUACUUAA